AUGGGUGUUUGUCAAACUAAAGUAAAAUAAAAUCCAGCAGGUCUGAAACAUAAAACCAAUAGAUAAGGUGAAAGAGUUAAGACUGAAUUUUCUGCAACAUAAGAAACUGGUUCAAAACAUCCAGGACUUUUGUAAAUAAAUAGUCUAGAAGAAAUCAAUUCACCUAAAUCAGGUGGAUAUCUUUUACCAAGACGCUAAUAAACCAAAGCAGGACUAAUGAAAUUAACAGGAUUAAUCUCAAAUUCUCCAUUACCUGGUCAAAUUUAGAUAAUUGAAAUGAGUGCAUCUAAGAAAUAUUCAUUAAUUAAGAAACGUCAAAUGAAUGAUGUAAAAUAAAUUGUGAUUUAAUAGAUGAAAUAAGUAUUGUCCAAUAAUAAGACUGGAAUAAUAGUAGAAAUGGAAACUUUUUUAAAAGAAGAGCCUGAGACAUUAGAAUACAUAAAUUGGAUAUUAAAAGCAUAAUUAGUAUAAAUAAAUAAUUAAUAACAUAGGAACANUACCAUCUCUGCUUUAAAAGAUCUUUAUUGAUCUUAUUUUGUUAUAAACAGCUAUGUUGUAUAAUUUGA